AUGGCGGGCGACUACCCUAUCCUCAACAACUACAAGACCGGUGCGCCGGUAACCGACGGCAAGGUCGGCCAUCUGACCGCCAGCCAGGAGCAGAAGCUCAAGCAAAUGUGGGCCAAGAUCCUGAACUACUUUGUCGACCACAAGGACAAGCCAAUCGCAGUCCCCGCCGACCCAUUCAAGGCUGGCGAUCUGGCUGAACUGGACGAUACGCCUGCAGCCGUCUCCCAAUGGUAUUCUGCCAACAAGACACGCAUAGACAACGUCAAAUACAAGACUGUCAACGAUGCCUUGUACCUGUCGGGCAAAACAUCGGCGGUGGUGCCGAGGGAUUUCCGGCCACUGUUCGGCGACCGGCCGGGCUCGCGCUCCUUCCGCAAUGCGUUCUGGCAGGCGGCCAUGUCACACCAGCACCCGGACUCGUUCCCGCUGGCGUUCCUGAUCGCACGCGAGUGGGACGUUGACCGCGCGUUCCAGCUGCUGGUGGGAGCCGUGGAAUGGCGGGCCACACAUGCAAUGGACAAGCUGGUGUGGCAGGGCGAGGCAACUAUGAAUAUGCGCAUGAUGGAGCGCGGCUUGACGUAUGUGCCAGGAAAAGACAAGCUCGGGUGCCCCCUUUUGGUGGUGCGAGUCCAUGAGAAUAUCCCACGCGAGCAUGGCGAGGGCUUUGGUGAGAAAUACACAGCCUUUGCCAUGGAGCAGGCGUCGCUGAUUACCCGUGCCAAUGGCGAGCGCGCCACGCUGGUCUACGACAUGUCGAGCUUCAAAAUGGAGAACAUCGACUACGGCUUCGUCAAGACCAUCAUCACCAUGAACAACACCAUUUACCCAGAGACCUUCCAGCUGAUCAUCGUCUACGUCAACUCGUGGCUGUUCUCUGGCAUCUGGAAGCUCAUCUCGCCGUGGUUCGACCCGAUCAUCGCCAAGCGCAUCGUCUUUGCCAAGAACGUCCAGCAGCUGCAGGCCUAUAUUGACAUUGGCCAGAUCCCCGAGGAAAUGGGCGGCAAGAAGAAGUUCAAGCGGGAGCAUCCCAUGCCCACCCGCAAGGAGAACGAGCCCAUGUUUGAUGCUGCUGCCAGGGAUGCCGCUGAGAAAAACUUUGUGGCAGCCGUCGACGCCUUUGAAGCCAGCACUGGGGGCUGGAUCAAGGACAAUGAGGAGCCGCUCCGUGGCGAGGUGGCUGACACAUUCAAGAAGUCAGUGGCUGAGCUUGACCCCUACAUCCGCGCGCGGUUCCUCGCUGAGCGUAAGGGCGAAAUGACCGCCGAGGGCUGCCUCGUCGUCUAA